UCACAAUAUAACAACAGCUGGAAGCAGCUAAAGAUGGCCGCCGUGACCAUGGCAGGGCUCGACGCCCACAGAAUGGAGGAAAAGAAGUUCGAGUACUUCUCCUCCAUCAACUCCAUGGCGAAGAAAAUCAUGCAGGAGAGGAAGACCAUUGAAGCCAAGCACGGCUCGUCCUGGGAGAAGAUGACGCCGCAGGAGCAAGACAGCGCCAUCGACAACGGGAUGAUGGAGCCACAUAUCCGAGCCCGAUACGCCAUGCACAGAGUGGAGCGUGAAGAAGUGGUCUGUUACCCGAAACUGCUCAUUCAAACGGGUCAGAAGAUAGUUCAUUUCGGCGAAGAGGAUAUUACCUGGCAAGAUGAGCAUUCUGCCCCCUUCUCGUGGGAAACAAAGAGCCAGUUGGACUUCAGCUUGACAUCGGGCCCAGUCGACCAGGGGGUCUCAGCCUCGCAGGCAGACUCAAAGGCUGCAAAGGUUCCUCAUUCCAGCCAGCUUGGCAAGAGUACACCAGGAACCAAGGUGUCUGUCAGUGAGGUACGGAGGCCAGAGGAAGAGUCGUCUUUCUGGAAGAUCAGCGCAGAGAGGUCCAGGCUGGAGGGAGAGCAAGCCGACUUCCAGUCCCUGACCCCCAGCCAGAUCAAAUCCCUGGAGAAAGGAGAGAAAUCCCUCCCCUCCUACCUCCGACAGGAGACCUCUGUCACCACCAAGGAGCAUGAGGCAGUAGAGCCCCACCCUCCGGCCCCUACCAGGUCCACCAAGCACCGAGCACCCAAAGUUCCUGCUCCCCAUCCCCCUCUCGCCAUCCCUGUCGCCAUCCCUGUCGCCGUAAGCGCAACGCCUGCAUCCCUCUCCAUCUCGCCGAACCCACGACCGCCUGUCAGCGUGUCGUCGUCGGUAGCCGGGUGGGAGCGCUCUCAGAGCACCCUGCCGUCGGUCGGUACCACCGUGGAUGAAGUGUUCUCCUCCGGCAUGAUGUCCAAGCCCUCCCACCACCCCGCCAGUGUGGAGAAAGAGGAUGACGGUUCAUCCGCCAGCCCCACCUUUGGUCAGUACAACACGAACAACAACCUCCUGAAGACUGGAUUCGACUUCCUAGACAACUGGUAAACCACAGCCGAGACCAGUCACCGCUAUGAAUGAAUCACCCUCAUCAUCACUUUAAAGAAGGACCACACUGCCAUGACUACAGACAACACACCAGUCCUUUAGAAUGACCACAUUAUGUUGUUGUAAUUAUCUUCAGUGGCUUGUUAAGAUAUUAUCUCACUGCCCGUGUGCUGGUGUUCCCUCUCCCUCUCUUAAUUAGGUUUCGUUUUCUUGCCAAACACCCGCCUGCCCACCAAAUGGAGAGUGAGCAGGGAUUGUGCAUUCACACUGCGAUCAGAUCAAUUACAAGAUGAUUCAAAAGUUUGGAGCUGCAUCAAAAUAUGAUAUAGAAUAUACAUCCUUUUACCGAGAAGGCUGUUACAAAUAAAUUGGAAGGCCGAGGGAAGUAGUACAAAAAUCCAAUGUUUUAUUAUUCGCCAACACCAAUAAAGGGUUCAGUUGUGGAGGCUUUUUCUCAUAUGAUAUCAGCCAACGAUAUCCCUGAAUUACCUGGUAACUCUGGUAAGCUGUUGAUCGGGUCUGUAGUGUGAAUGCACAGUAACGGUGUGACUUGGCUGCCUUCAUGUGCAACUUUUAGACACUAAUCUAGCAAGCGAGGACAUCUUUUGUACCAUACGCAUGUCAAAUUUUCAUCUGUGCAAAACACUAGAACACUCGUCCGUCUUUUUGUUUUCUUUUUUGUUUUGAAUAUUUUUUGCUCUAAUGUGCUUUUAUUUAUACGUACCUAUAUAUAUUCCUAUGAACCUAAGAGUUUUAGAGUUAAAGUAGUGCUGAGUGCCGCAGUCUCGGCCCACAUGGGCCAAUUACUACAAACAAUGUUCCUGCCGGGUAUGGAAUUCCUGGAAUAUUAUGGGAUUUUUUUAAGGAUGUUCAGGUGGGGAAUAUCGUGGGAUUUUACCCUUGCAUCACUUUGCAGAAAUUAAACAAUGUAUUUUGCAACAUUCACACAUCACACACUUCAUUGAAUUCGAUGGUUUUCAUUAAGUGGAAUCCAAACUGAAACCAAAAACAGGAGGGAAGAACAGCCAUGGAAGGGAUCAAACUUAGUCAUGGAAAGCUCAUGGACUGAAUGUCGGGGCUGCUGUGGGAACCUGUUACAGAUGUCCUGUAUGGAUUCAAUGUCUCCACGACACUCCUUACCAUCUCACCCCUCCCAACUGUCACCUUUGACGUCAAACUAGUGCUGAGCAACGCUGGUGUGCAUUUAUAGUGAAAAAAGACGCAGUCAACCGUCGUGUUUUAGAUGAAUAGGUAGGCAUGUAGUGAUUUGUACCACUUGUGUCAUAAAUCUAAAAUCCGGUUUACACAAUUAGAGAACUAUUUUACUGAAUUUUAUAUUUAUCGGCUGAUUGUAUCUUAAGCUAUACUUGUAUUUUGCACUCGUGCAUUUUGAGGUCAAAUAUUAGAAGUAAAUAAAUAAAAGUCAAACCUGU